UUUCUCAGUUUUGAUAGAAUUUAUUCAACCUUUUUCGUAUAGAUACUCCCUUUUGUCUCUUUUAUCUCUUUUUAUGAUAUGUACUAGUGCCUUUUAGAUUCUUUUGUUUAGUUAAUGCCAUAAUCUUUGUCAGUCUCUGUCUCUUAGUCGUUGCAUUGUAUAUAAUAGUUGUGUAAAUUUCACAUCAUUCUCUCGUUUGAUCAAGCUAUGAGGGUAAUGUUCUUCUCUCUUUUUCAAUUAUAAAAUGUGUUCAUUUGGCCAAUUUGGGACCGAGUUUAGUCUUUGGAUGAGUUAAUGAAGCUUGGUUGUUUUAUGGGUGAUUCUGGUUUCAGAGCUUUUCUCGGUUGAAACAUUCUGUUAAUUGACACUUCUGAUUUUUGUUGAUUUACAUUUCCGCAGCGUUGUUCAUCAGUAGGUUUAACAUAAUUUGGUCAAAUUCGAAGAAUUUGAAGGGAAACAUUCUAUUUGAAAACUUUGGCCGGGGCCAGAUUUUGUUUUGGGUUUUCAAUAUUCUACAUGUUGCAGUCGAAGUAGAAGGCAGAUUUCCUUUUGGUGCUUAGGGUUAGAAUAAAUAAUAAUGAGGGGGAGAUCUGCUGAAACUCAAAAGAAGCGAUUAGUCACUUGGGUAGUAGUUUUGGUGACCAUUUGUGUUGUACUUUAUAUGUAUCUUCAAAACCAUAGCUCUUCUGCAGUAACUUAUGGUAGAAAAUCUUUGAGGAAAUUUGGUUCCUCAUAUUGGGGUGGCGAUGAAGAUACUGAUGAUUCUUCCACCAAAUUAAUUGAAUAUGUAGAUGAUGGUCAUCUACUAAGAAGUAUUCCGGUUUGUGAUAAUCGGCAUACUGAACUGAUUCCUUGCCUAGACAGGAACUAUAUGUUUCAAUCAAGAUUGAAACUGGAUCUCUCUGUGAUGGAGCAUUACGAGAGACAUUGCCCACCACCUGAGAAGCGCUUCAAUUGCUUGAUUCCUCCUCCACCAGGGUACAAGAUCCCAAUCAAGUGGCCCAAGAGCAGAGAUGAGGUAUGGAAGGUAAACAUACCUCAUACACACCUGGCUACAGAAAAGUCUGACCAGAAUUGGAUGGUUGUCAAAGGUGACAAAAUUUUUUUUCCAGCGGGAGGAACUCACUUUCACUAUGGAGCUGAUAAGUAUAUUUAUUCACUAGCCCGUAUGCUGAGGUUUCCACACAACAGAAUAAACAACAGGGGAAAAAUCCGGACAGUUUUGGAUGUUGGGUGUGGGGUUGCAAGUUUUGGAGGAUACCUGCUUUCUUCUGAUGUUUUAACAAUGUCAUUAGCCCCCAAUGAUGUACAUGAAAACCAAAUCCAAUUUGCCUUAGAGAGAGGGAUUCCUGCAUAUCUUGGUGUUCUAGGGACAAAGAGACUUCCUUACCCAAGUAGAUCUUUUGAAUUUUCACAUUGUUCUCGCUGUAGGAUUGAUUGGCUUCAAAGGAAUGGAAUUCUUCUUCUUGAGCUGGAUAGGGUACUCCGGCCUGGCGGUUAUUUUGCCUACUCGUCUCCAGAGGCCUAUGCACAGGAUGAAGAAGAUCUGACAAUUUGGAAACAAAUGAGCGCCUUUGUGGAAAAAAUGUGUUGGAAAAUAGCUGCAAAACAUGACCAAACGGUUAUAUGGGUUAAACCUCUGACCAACGAUUGCUACAUGGAAAGAACACCAGGCACUGAACCUCCACUGUGCAGAUCUGAUGAAGAUCCAGAUGAUGUGUGGGGUGUGCCAAUGGAAGCCUGCCUCACUUCUUACUCUGACCAAAUGCAUAGAGCAAGAGGCAGUGGGUUGGCUCCUUGGCCUGCUCGCUUGACAACUCCUCCUCCCCGUCUAGCUGAAAUUGGCUAUUCUAAGCAAAUGUUUGAAACGGACUUGGAACUUUGGCAGCAAAGAGUGGGACAUUAUUGGAGUCUUUUGAGCUCAAAGAUUGAGCCAAAUACACUAAGGAAUAUAAUGGACCUGAAGGCGCACAUUGGUUCCUUUGCAGCUUCUCUGAAGAACGAAGACGUCUGGGUUAUGAAUGUGGUGCCUGAAAAUGGACCAAACACUCUCAAGAUAAUAUAUGACAGAGGUUUGAUAGGCGUUUUGCAUAACUGGUGUGAGGCAUUUUCAACCUAUCCAAGAACUUAUGAUCUGCUGCAUGCUUGGAAUAUCUUGUCUGAUAUUGAAAAAAAAGGCUGUAGUGCGGAGGAUCUAUUGAUGGAGAUUGAUCGAAUACUGCAGCCUAGCGGUUUCAUUAUUGUGCGGGAUAAGCCACCGGUGGUGGAGUUGAUAAAGAAAUAUCUACUUGCAUUACACUGGGAAGAAGUAGCAACAGCUGAUUCCAACGGGGAAUCACAACAAUAUGAAGAUGACAUAAUCUUUAUAAUUCAAAAGAAGAUGUGGCUUACUAGUGAAAGCCUUAGGGAUUCAGAGUAAGAAGGUGAGUAUUCUCUUGCCUCGUUCAAACAAAAGCAUUGCGGGGCUUGAUGUUGCCCAAACCGUGCUGCUGGUGCCACAAGUGAUUAGCUUUGAUGCUUUUGCUCACUAGUCAAAUAACCUUCAUUGGGUCAGUCAUAUUUUAAGAUGAUUAAAUGUUUUACCAUAGAUAAAGCUCGUAUAGGGAAAUGUCGCAAUCCUUUGAAUAGUAUUAUUAUUAUUAUUAUCCCUUUUUUUAAUGGAACAAAGGAAAUCAAAAUGAAUAUAG